AAUCGUGGACCAACAGCUUCCAAUGAGAAUUGGUCUGACGUCACCGGCAAAAGGGGAAUGUAAAUUUGCAUUCAUCCCCGGUCAGACACCUUAAUUACGAGACAUAAUUGCGGUCUCCCCACUUCAACGUGCAAGAUGCCUGAAGUUGCAAAAUCCGCGCCCAAGAAGGGCUCUAACAAAGCCGUGACCAAGACUGCUGCGAAAGGCGGAAAGAAGCGCAGAAAGAGUAGGAAGGAGAGCUACGCUAUCUACGUGUACAAGGUGUUGAAGCAAGUUCAUCCUGACACCGGCAUCUCUUCCAAAGCCAUGGGCAUCAUGAACUCAUUUGUCAACGACAUUUUCGAGCGUAUCGCCGGUGAGUCCUCCCGUUUGGCUCACUACAACAAGCGGUCCACCAUCACUUCAAGGGAGAUCCAGACUGCAGUGCGUCUUCUGCUGCCCGGAGAGCUGGCCAAACACGCAGUGUCUGAGGGAACAAAGGCUGUUACAAAGUACACCAGCUCCAAGUAAACUAGCAUAAGAAUUUCACCCAAAGGCUCUUUUAAGAGCCACCCACAUUGCAAACAAAAGGCAGAAUUUCAUUAACCGUUGUCUAGUUCUAUGUCUUCACUAGUAGUUCACCAGGUUGUGCGUCCACUUUUGGAUGAGUCACAGGCCAGGUUCAAAUCCCCCCUCGGACUCAGGAGAACCUCUCACUCAUUAUCUGCUCUGUAAGGUACGUAAU